AUGGCAAAGGAAAAGACUCAUAUCAACAUCGUUGUCAUCGGUCACGUAGAUUCUGGAAAAUCUACUACCACUGGGCAUUUGAUCUACAAAUGCGGUGGAAUCGAUAAACGAACCAUCGAAAAGUUCGAGAAGGAAGCCAACGAGGUGAGUUUCAGUAACGUUCCUUGUGAUCAUAACUCUAAAAGAGGAAGAAGGAAAAAAAUAAAAAAGGAAAAAAGUUUGGGAUGGUCAUAUUUGGCUAAAAUAUGGGAACUGCGAGUUAAUUUGUUUUCCCCGGCAGAAAAUUUCAAUUUGUUACUUACGUUGGCCUUGCCCAUUGAAAUAAGAUCAAGUUAAUAAAUUUGUCUUCCCAAGAUAGGACAAAAAUCAGUAAAAGUUCACUCUGACAAAGAUGGUGGGCUGAGAAUUUGAAAGCUGAAAAUUUUGGACCCAGUAAGUGUCCUGAUAAGUUCCCUCCCUUCUUUGUGGGCCUUAUUGUCUUCUUGGGAGGGGAAGUUACAAUUACUCUUUGAUCUGAGUUAAAUAGGGCAAUCAUCUCAUUAUGUAAUUGAGAGUGUGCAUAGAGAGUGAGUAAGUUAAGCUGAAGUUUAUUGGAAAUCUGGGCUUAUUUGUAAAUAUCAGUGUGAUGGAGUAUGCUAUGGAACUUGCUGGCUAUGCCUACGAUAAUAAAGUUCACCUUCUUAAGGUUAGAGUGGAUUGUUGAGCCCUUAAAUUCUGAUUUAAAGGGGGAGGGGGAUAUUAGACCAUUCACUGUGAGUCAAUUUGCUUAUUGUACCUCAACCUCUUAAGACAUCCAACUUAGAAAUGUUAGGGAAGACCAUGUAUGAUUCAAUGUACUUCUUUACUUUUAAACAUUAGAUGGGAAAAGGCUCCUUCAAGUAUGCCUGGGUGCUGGAUAAGCUCAAGGCUGAGCGUGAGCGUGGCAUCACCAUUGAUAUUGCCCUCUGGAAAUUUGAAACUGAAAAGUAUUAUGUCACCGUCAUUGAUGCCCCAGGACAUCGCGACUUCAUCAAGAACAUGAUUACCGGUACUUCACAGGUAAGGCUUGCUUUUUUACUAACUAGCUUGCCCAUAACAGAAAAAGACUGUGUGUGGUAUAUCUAGGAUACAUGAGAUCUGGUAGAACAGAUUUUUGUUGGAUUUGAUCAACUUGCUCUAAACAAGAAUGUAGGGUGUUGGCAAACAAAUGAUGGUGAGAUUUCUGAGAAACAAAAGAAAAUAGGACAACAUUUUACAUUCAAGUCUUGUUCCACUGUCUCCUUGGAAUGUCAGAGCCUUUUGUGCUUUAUGUUGUGCAAAGGAAGGGGUUGGAUACAGUCUUGGCCUUAACCCUUUCACUUCCAUGAGUGAUCAAGACAGAAUUUCUCCUUACGGUAUCAACACAAUAUCAAGUGGACUAGUGAUGAGAAUAAAGAAAAACAUCAGAUGGGGGAUUAUUGGUUGAUCUAGGACUAAAUUCCCUGAACUAACAUUAUGAGAAGGGUAUGGCUGACAGUGAAGAGAAUUACUCAUAAGAUCUUGGGAGUGAAAAGGUUAACACAUUAAUUUUAUUCAGAAUUUUGCCAUCAACUUCUCUUAAGUAAAUAAAAUUGAAAUCAUGUAAAGGUUAAGAAACCCUGUAAUGGUCAAAAUGCCCUUUCCCAAUUGUAUCAAGUUAGAAUUAGUUCCCCUUCAACUCCUUCCCUUUUUCAUUAGAGUUGAUUAGAAUAGUUCUUUUUUUUCAUUUGAUACUCAUUUUGCUGUUCAACUUUCAAGGCUGAUUGUGCUGUAUUGGUUGUUGCUGCUGGUACUGGUGAGUUUGAAGCUGGUAUCUCAAAGAAUGGCCAGACCCGUGAGCAUGCCCUUUUGUCGUACACUUUGGGAGUGAAGCAGCUUAUUGUUGCUGUGAACAAGAUGGACACCACUGAGCCCAAGUAUCAUGAGGGGCGUUUUAAUGAAAUUCAAAAGGAAGUCAGUGGCUAUGUGAAGAAAGUUGGCUAUAACCCCAAAGCCGUGGUAUUUGUUCCCAUUUCUGGUUUCCAUGGUGAUAACAUGUUGGAACCAAGUGAUAAUGUAUGUAUUUUCUUACUGAUCAUUAAUUCUUAAACCCUUUUACCCCUAGGAUGACUAACAUCUUAUUUCUUCUUACAAUAUCACCCUUAAAGCAAACAUUAACGUAAUGAGAAUGAAGGGGAUGAUCACAAGCUAAAGCUGUUCAUUGUUUGAUAAAUUCUCCUUGUCAGAACCCUAAGAAAUGUCAAGGGAUUAGUAUGGAGAAUAUGCAUACUGAUGUUAGGGAGUGAAGGGUUAAACUGCCUAUUUUGGGUGAAAGUCGUAGAUGGUUUCUUGUUAACACUGCAGGUUUGUUACUACUGUAACAUUAAAAACUCAGUGAUACUUUAAAGGAAGUCUGUAAGGAUCUCAAAUAGCAUCUUCAUUUGAGGUUAUACCUUUGUUGGUUUUCUUCAAACCUCAGCUAAUGGUGAAUCUGGCCAAAUAUUAAGUUUGAGAGAUCUGUGUUUCUGUCCUGGAUAGAAUAUCUUAAUGCUGCAAUUUCUUACAUUUUGGGGUGUUUUUCUCUAUGGAUUUAGAUGCCAUGGUUCAAGGGAUGGAGCAUUGAGAGAAAAGAAGGAAAUGCUUCUGGGAAAACCCUCUUUAAUGCUUUGGAUGCGAUUUUGCCCCCGGAGAGGCCCAUCAAGAAAGCCCUCCGCCUGCCAUUACAGGAUGUUUACAAGAUUGGAGGCAAGUUAUUUCCUCGUUUUGUGCAUGUUUUAUGAUCUAGCAAAGUCAGACUUUUUGCUUUGUCACAAUCUUCUGCCAUUAAUUUCUUUGACUUGAGACUUUCCCUUAGAUUAGUCUCUAAGGGGUUCCUCUUUUUGGCAGUUGCAUGAAGAUUGUCAUUUCCCAGUGUUUUGGGAAUUGUGACAGAAAAUUUACUACUUUUGCAUGGUGCAAUACAUGAUGCCAACAAAAAACAAAAAUUCUGUCAAAAACUUCUGCAUUAUUGGACCUUUUACUAUUUGGUAUUGGUUACUGGUCUUCUCCUCAAGAUUUUGUCUUUUUUUCUUUCAACGCAUUAAACUUGGAUGAUUUCUUUAACUAAAAGGCUAAAAACAAAAUUUUGAAAUUUUUUGAUCAGAUUUUGUUGAUGGUAAUCCUAACUUUAGGGGUAGUUAGCAUGCAUUUUCUCCUUAUGAUAUCCAUACAUUAUCCAGGAAACUCUUAAUGGAAAUUUUCAUUUCAGGUAGUUUUGUAGAACAGAGCAACACAAUGACUGCUCUUUUUUUCCCUUUUGCUUGAAAAGAAAAAAGAAAAUCAAUUUACAAGCAGGGAAGAUUUUUUUUUGUUGGUCCCAAAAAAACUCUCCCAGUUUUUGUAUGGGUUGUUUUCAUCUUUCUUGUACUACUUAUGCAAUGGAUACAACUCACAGAUAACAACUCCCCAAGCAUUGGAUAUGUUUCACAGAUAAGGCCUAAGGAUGCAUUUCACAAACUUAAUAUGAAAGAAAGAACUUGGAAUUGAAAUGUGGAAUAAUAAAUCUGUUAUUCAAUGGUUCUACAUGGUGAACAUUUUGCUUAUUGCCUUUUUUUUUUCUUUUUUUCCUUCACCCCCUUAGGGGCUCUGGGAAAAAAAUCACAACUUGCCAAUUAUUGUCACAUAUUAUAUAUGCAAAUAAAGGUGUAUAUUUAGAAGACUGGUAGACCACAUAACUUUUUAUUGUAGUAAGUAAGAUGGCUGGCUUUUUUUUCUGGAGAUUCAAAAGGAUAUCUUAAGGCUUAAUUCCAGGGUUUCAGGGGAGAAAAGCAAAUUGUGACCAAAGGAAACAAUGAAGCAUGAGUGUUUUUUAAUGCAAAUCUCACUUCAGCCUCAGACCAUUAAAAUUAAGUUGAAAAUUUAUAAGUCUUACUAUAUGACCCCAAACACAGAUUGCCAGUUAACCUGCCAAAUUUUUUUCAAGUUACCAUGUUGACCAAACUGGUCUAAACUAGGAGCCCUGUUCAGAUGAAUAUUUACCUAAUUUGAAAAUGGAAUGUAGCAUUAUCUUAAGUUGUGGCUUGGUGUUAAGCAAUCGUUAAUUUUCAACCCACUCUUAGGUAUUGGAACAGUGCCGGUUGGUAGAGUGGAGACAGGCAUCCUGAAGCCAGGCAUGGUGGUGACAUUUGCUCCUACUGGCCUGAGUACUGAAGUAAAGUCUGUGGAAAUGCACCAUGAAGCUCUAACAGAAGCUCUUCCUGGUGACAAUGUUGGCUUCAAUGUGAAGAACGUGUCAGUAAAGGAAAUAAAACGUGGCAAUGUUGCUGGUGAUACCAAAAAUGAUCCACCAAAACCAACCAAUUCCUUUAAUGCUCAGGUACAGAAUACCAUCAUUCUUUGGAUUAUUUCUCUUCUGUAAGAAGUACUAGUUUUGAGAGUGGUAAACUUGGGACAGAACAGCCUUGUGUUUAUUUUUAGGUAGUUCUGCAAUUUACAUUACAAUUUUAAAGUGUUCUUGCAUCCCUAUGAAAUGUAUAUGUGAAAAAUCCUCAUGAAACUUGUCACAGAUCUUUUGUUCCAGAGACAAAGGUAAUAUCCUAAAAUUGGCUAGCUGUACUUCUUUCCCUUUUAACCCUGUAACCCCUUAGAACGAUCAGCAUCUAAUUUCUCAGUACAAUAUCUCCCCUGAAUAAAACAUUUGGGUUGUAAGAAAAGAAGGUAAUUAUCACCAACUAAAGAAGCUCUUGAUUGUUUGACAAAUACUCCAUGUCAGUAGCCAAGAAAGGGGUAUGGAGAAGAGCCUGAGAAAUAUUGAUGCUGAUGUUGAAGGGUGUUGAGUGGUAAGGGUCAUUUUUGUCCCAUUGUCCAUGCGGUUUCUCCCAUCAAGGCAGUGUGUUUUAACGUUAACUUUUUGUUCCAUAUUGGUAGGUCAUUGUCCUUAACCACCCAGGAGAAAUUCAUGCAGGCUACAGUCCAGUGCUGGAUUGCCAUACUGCCCAUAUUGCUUGCAAAUUUGCAGAACUGCUUGAGAAGAUUGAUCGUCGUUCCGGCAAGAAGUUGGAAGACAACCCCAAAAUGAUCAAGUCAGGAGAUGCCUCCAUAGUUAAGAUGAUACCAUCUAAGCCUAUGUGUGUGGAAAAAUUCUCAGAUUAUGCUCCGCUGGGACGCUUUGCUGUACGUGACAUGAAGCAGACAGUGGCUGUAGGCGUCAUCAAGGAUGUGGAUAAGAGCGAAGUCGCUGGCAAAGUGACAAAGGCAGCUCAAAAAGCUACCGGCAAGAAAAAAUGA